AUGAGGAGAAGUUUCCUUGCACUGCUUGAUCUUCUAUCAUUCGUCGUUUUGAGCACAGCGAAAGGUCUGAUGCUGCUACAGGAAAGUCAUGAGCAAACGUUUGCCUACGCUUUGGAGAAGAUUCCAACAGCACCGAUUGAGGACCAUGUUCUCGAUAUUUUGGAAUUGGAGGAACCACCUCCGCUUUUCACUCGUCGCAAGCGCGUUGACAAAAUCACCACGUUUAUGGCGAAGUUGUAUCACGAACUAGAGGACGAUGUUGAGGGGGAGAUUUCAAGUCAAACUUCUGGAGUUGAAGACUGGAGCAGCGCUGAUAGGAUAGUGUCAUUAUCCCCCAAAGAGAUGAAUUUCUCCAACGGGAUUGUUGCUAUUGCAUUUAACUGCGAUGAUUUGCCGUCCAGUGGUGCUUCUCAUUUAAUCGCAUCGCAGCUCAGAAUAUUCCUUCCAGAAGAAGAAUUGCUUUUUGCUGAGAUAUCAAUAUACCACAAUAAGACAGGUGCUCUUACCUUAGUUGACUCCACAGUCGCAACAUCGCAACAAAAAACUGUUGGUUUCAAUAUCACUCGAAUGAUGUCGGAUUGGAUUCUGGGGCUGGCCGAACCGAAACUAUUUAUUCGGAUUGAAAGUGGUUAG